GUUUUGAAUCGUCCUCUGAAAACAGCGGCAGAUGACAGCAGCUUCUUUCGCUCGCAAACAUUGCAACGUUCGUGAGCUAGCUAGCUACUCCACACCGCCAGAAACAGCUUAUUUUAGGGGGGGGGGAAUUCAACUGUUAACACUACUAUCAUCGACUUAAAAAUGUCAAAAAAACAGAUUUACUACUCCGACAAGUACAACGACGAGGAGUUCGAAUACAGACAUGUGGUGCUUCCGAAGCAGCUGUCCAAGCUGGUGCCCUCCUCCCACCUGAUGACAGAGGACGAGUGGAGGGGACUCGGGGUACAACAGAGCCAGGGCUGGAUCCACUACAUGAUACACAAACCAGAGCCACACAUACUGCUUUUCAGAAGACCUCUCCCAAAGGAUUAAAUGGAAACCUGUAAAAUCCCUUCAUUCAUCUUUGCUGAUUUGUAUUGUGUAUGAACCAUACAUCUCUCCUACAUACUAUCUACAUAUGUUCUAAUGUAUUGUGUAGAAAAUCCUUAGUUGCAUUGUGUCUUGUCCUUUAAAAUUCCCUCAAUUUUUAGAGGUAACGAGAGGCAAACGGCUUGAUUCCACUGUGAAUGAUAACCUUAUAAACAAUAUGAAGGUGAAAGUUUGCCUGUCAAUUGUACAUUUUAAUACAUUUUUUAAAUGUCUUUUGAUGCCAUUUUUUAUGAUUGAUUUAUUUACCGAGUGUCGGGCAGGCAUAGUUUUUUCUUCUUCUUCUUUUUCUUCUUCAUUUUCCUCAAGCCCAAUAUUUUCCCAAAAGAGCUUUCUGUUUUUUCUGUUCUUUAAACUUCUGUUGGUUUUGUGUACAUAAUAUUAUUUUCGAGAUGUUAUAAAUGUUUACUGAGUCAUGGUUGAUUCAACACGUUCUUUGUUGCUGAAAAAACACAAAUUAAAUGUACUUCUUCACAUUAG